AACACAUAGACACACAUAAUGGCGGAUAAAGCUGAGCACGAACGUAUAUUCAAGAAAUUUGAUACUGACGGCGAUGGUAAAAUAUCAGCAGCCGAACUUGAAGAAGCUCUUAAGAAACUUGGCUCGGUGACCCCUGAUGACGUGACUCGUAUGAUGGCUAAAAUCGAUACUGAUGGUGAUGGAAACAUAUCGUUUCAAGAAUUCACUGAUUUUGCAGCUGCCAAUCCUGGACUUAUGAAGGAUGUUGCCAAAGUUUUCUAAAAUGGUAGUAUUUGCCAUCGUCUUAUUUUUGAAUAUGUUAACAUUCAUUUCUUCUCAAUAUGAUUUUGUUAUAAGCAACUAUCCAUAUUAUAAUUCAUGUAACUGAACACUGGAGUAGUAUAUCUCUCAAUAAAUCUCUCGAGUGUUUUUAA